UGUCAACUUUUUACAAGCAAACUCAGAGUCUAUUGAACCCUCUGUAGAAAAUGACAGACCCUGAGAAAUGCUGGCCUGGUGGUAUUCCUUUACAUAUUCGAUGUCAAGAUAAUCCAGUCCUCGGUAUAGAUGCCUUUAAAGAGGAGGUGAAGGGCUGGCAACUGUUUCUUGAGGAAAACGCGACGCCCUGUGACGGCAGUAGCCAGGAACAGACCUCUAGAAUAACCAGGCGGCGUCAGCUCGUUAAAGAAUGGGCCACCAUGAGCCAGGAUACCCGUGACUCCUACUAGUAAAGGGCACAAUUACGUCCUAGCGAUGGGUGGUUUCCAGCAGAACUGGCUAGUACCGGCCAGAACAUCCAACAGUCUGAUUGGUGCAGUCUCAUCGUCCCGGAGCCGAUCAGUCCGCGGAACCGCGCCCUUUGGACGAAGAUAGUGCUUAUGUUGUAUCACUUUGACGGCCCACGGGGCACUCUAUUUGGAGGCGACACAUCUACUGCUAUAGUCCGACCUAAUUGUGCUGGUCCAACCCUGUGACCGUCGAAGGUUUUAGUACCUGGAGCUACGUUGAGCCGACUGUAUUUGAGAAUAUGGCCAUGACGUCGAUAGGCACGGUGGUGUUCCACUACUGGAACUCGGGUGUCUUCCUUGCUGACCAGGAGACGCUCGACACGGGAAGCUUGCUGUUGUGCGAGUUCUAUAAUAAUGGAGGGCUUAGAGCUAGCGCCCGCGUCUGGCCUAUGUUCACGGAGGACCUCUAUAACUUUAUCGUGGGACUAGGAAAACCUGUAUCUAGCCUUAUUAAGCAUAACGGAUGGAUUAACGCGAAUGCUCUAACAGUCUUCUGGUAG